AUGCAUCCAAGGGUCUUCCUCAUCAAUCAAAAACUCUACAUCUUAUGUCAUGGAAAACUACUUAACCACGUGAGUUAUCCUGCCCAAUCAGUGGCAUUCCGUGUAGGCUGCUUGGGUAUUAAACUAGCCUCAUCAUUCGUCAUCGCUUCAUUCCUAACCAGUAUAUGUAAGAAGAAGUCAAACUUUGAAACGCAUUCCGUAGAAGAAGACGACGAAACUACAGAUAUGAGAUUUCAAAUCAUCUCCAUCUUGGUGUGCGUGGGUUUAAUCUGUAUGCAAGACACAGAUGCAUGUAGUGAUGACGCCGAUUGUCUGAAUGGUGGUACGUGUACAAACACUAGUGUUUGUGACUGUGUCGCUGGAUUUGUAGGAGACGACUGUGGGACAGUUGUAAAAUGCUCUGAUGACACUGCUUGCCAGAAUGGUGGUACGUGUACUAGUAAUGAAUGUGUUUGUGUUACUGGAUAUGCAGGAGACAACUGUGAAACAGCAACAUGUAGCAGUGACACUGAUUGUCUGAAUGGUGGUACGUGUACAGAUAGUGUUUGUGUUUGUGCUACUGGAUAUGUAGGAGACCACUGUGGGACAGAUGGUACAUGUGCCGAUGACGAUGACUGUCAGAAUGGUGGUACAUGUACAGAUAACGAAUGUGUGUGUGCAACUGGAUUUUCAGGAGAUACUUGUGAAACAGCGGAGAAUAGUGGUAAUAUUCAGAAAGUCGAUUUCGUCAUGAUUGUAUCCCUGUGUCUGACAUUUCCUGCCUGGUUCAUAUCCAAUUAGGAAAAUAAAGACAAUUUUUUUCCAUAAGUUGGUGUCGACAGUUAUUAAGAACAAUGUAAUUCUUAAUAAAUCAUUAAUUAGUAUUAAUAACAUAUUAAAUAUAAUAUAUUUUCCCAAUUGUUUCAUACAAAAAGUGUCGCAGAUGAAGGCGCACCUAACAGCUGACCUGAAAAAAAUAAACUAAAAUAUAUUCGAGCACUGUUAAUCACGGCACUGAUUAAUUAAUAAUGAACAUUAAGAUUAUAUAUAUAUGUAAAUCAAUUUUAAACAAAUUUAUACUAAUUUCUUUUUAUAUUUUUUUAAUUGAUAACAGAAUAUACACAACGACAAACGUGUAGAUUGCCUUUGUUUUGAUGUUGAAGUGACGACUUGCCUUGAUUAAUGACGUCAUGCCUGUAUGAUAACUGAUUCGAAGCAGAUGACGACUCUUAAUGGACGAUGUCUUAAUAGAUGUACAUUACAUUACGUAAUGUUUAUUUAUAGUUCAAACGACUCCGAGUUCGAUGUUUUGAUUCAGUAGAAAACUUCAGGUCACACUGACUUGGAUCCAUGCAUGACGUCAUUCAAUCAGGGGUCAAGUUAUUAUCAUGGCAUCAAGAUUUGAUUAAUGAUUUGCAAUAAAGAACAGCAGACAAAUGUUUUUUCUUGUUUGUUUUUUCUCCUGAAUGCCGAAUUAAACAGAAUCAACAAAAUGAAAACUAAACAUAAACCAUGCCCAUCUGCAUUUCAGUGCUGAAAAUAAUUUGGGCAGAUCGAAUACAUAUUAGCGCAUCAAGAUUUAAUUAAUGAUUUUAAAUAAAGAACAGCAGACAA